CUGAUUGCCAGCCCAUGCCGUAAUGGAAGUCCAGGUCAUACUGAUAUCCGGCCGUGCUGGCUCUGGUAAGACUACAACGGGCAACGAAAUGGCCGAACAGCUGCGCCUCCGCGGCCUAUGCCACGCCCACAUCGACUGCGACAACCUCGACAACAUCCACCCGGAGGAGCCAGGCGCAGAGAUGCUCCUCGCAAAUCUCCGCGCCAUGUGGUCCAACUAUUUCCACCGGAGGGGCAUCACGCGGCUGAUACUCUCCGGCACGGCUGUCGCCCUAGAAUUUGAGAGCAUUAGGCAGGCCGUCAAGAGCGCAUCAGAGACUCUCCCGGACGGCGCUAUCGGUGGUCAAACUGGACAAGCCGAGAUGAAAGAGGUAAAAGUAGAAGCGAGAGUCGUGCUUUUAACGGCGCCGGACGAGGUUGCAUCCCAGAGGCUGGCAAGAAGGGAGGUGGGCAGUGAAAUAACCCGUAUGCUGAAGAGCAGUAAGAAGAUGGCGCGGGUGCUGGAAGAGGCAGUGGGCAAUUGGGCCAUGACGGUCGACACCAAAGGGAAGGACGUGACGGAAACUGCACUGCACAUCCUAAGGGCGAGAGGGUGGGUGGCGUAGUGUUGCGAGGAAGGCAGCCCUUGUUCAAGUGGUAUCGCCUCGAGGUAGACUCCGGGCAAUAAUUAGUAUACCUAGCUCCUUCGCUGCCACUGGGCGCCUCUGUGCUAUUGGAGUGCCGGAUGGUAGGAGAUUGAACCUCCAUGCUAAACAGCUCAGUAUGGCCUUUGUCCCAGGAGGAUAUGCAACUCAAAAGUACUCCUAG